AUGGCUCCUUUGCCCCAAACCGCAUCAGUUGUUCACUCCGCCGCUGCCUUUGUGCAUAGCGAAGUCGGAACUGCUAACCAUGCCCUGGACAUCCUGCUCAUCAUUCUUGGGAUCGUCGUUUUGAUUGCUUGGGGAACAGUUCUGACCAUGUACCUGGUUUAUCGCCGCCCGUCGUCGAGCGAAGCGCAAGAGACCGGCGACAUUGCUCAGUCAAGUCUGACGUCGAUAAAUCCUGAGGCUCACGGUCAGCCGACAGAACUUGAGGAUAUCAAGCAGCUCCCUCUCGAUACUGUUCGGUCAUUGGGUGUCUCCUCUCGAGGCGCCUCAGUUUUCAAGAGACUUUUCUCGUUCCGGAAGGUGAGGCCACUUAUGGAUUCAAUAUGCGCCUUCGAUGACAAACCUGCACAGAAGAACGUUGCCCAGAGGGUAUCCACUGGAUGCGCUCCCAAGGCCGUUAGCGACAUAGAGUCUCAAGAUGUGCUUGUCAUACAAAGGCAAGAUAAUGUAGACUUACCCGCUCGCCAGAUCCCUCCUCCCCCCAAGUGUCCGGCAUCGACGCCUGAAGCCGACAUGUCGGGCAUCGAACAGGCGUCCGAUGCCACCGACGCAGCUGACGAUCUCCCCAGUGACACUACUGACGACCAGCUGUCCUCGUCUGGCUCUUUCCACACAAGUAUCUCACUUUUCCUCGAUGCGCUCAAGACGGGCGACCCGGACGUAAUCGCUGCGGCAAGAGAGAAGUUCACCCCCACCGAUCCGAUCAAUAUGUGCGGCUGUGGCUGUGGUGGCAAACCCUCGGUACUCCCUCAGCUGACUAGAGAGGCUAACAGUCCCGUCUCCCACAUCGACGAAUUGUAUCGCGCCUACUGGGCACCCACAAUUGCUCAAUGGGAAGCCGACAUGGAACGAGCCGAGCGAGAGCUCAUGCAGAAGCUCGCACCUAUUUUCGCGGUGCCCAAAGUCGAGUCUGAGCUCUGCGACGAAUACCUCGACGAAUCGGCAUCGAUGUAUUCGGCUGACAGCGUGGAUGACUCUGGCUAUCAAUCCGAACCCUCGCAGACGCAAAUUGCGUCCAACUACAUCCUCUCGUUCUGUGACAAGCUGGGCGACCAGACCACGCCGGAGGCAGUUAGCUUCCCUAUACCCGAGAUCUCUAUUGAAAGCUGCGACUCUGGCUCGUCUGUAUCUGAAGCGUCCUGGAUGCCUUUGGAGCGAUCUCUACACGACUUGCGGAGUAGUUCUGUCGAUCAUCUGGAGGUCCCUGCUAUGUCGUGGACGGCGCCCAAUUCCACAGAGAAGUCGCGAUUGAAACCGGCUCUACCUCUGAUGGAUAUCUCGAACAUAUCCAACAAGACCUUUAUACUCGGCGUCCCGCCCCGUCGAGGUCGGCGCAAUACGGUGGUUUACGCUGCGCCCAAGGGAACCAGCUCUUGA